UAUAUGACGGUUAUGGAAAUUUAACCUCACGGAAAAAGUCGUCUGCUGGAUAAUUGCAAAGAUUUUACAACUAAAUGAUGUCUAAAGUUACGAAAAUGUAUUGGCAUAUCACAACUGACAUCCCCAAGCGACGAUAUUGCUCAGUCCAUUAGUUGCCAGGUGGUUAAAGCAAGAGAACAUUUUCACAUGUUCCUCGAUGUAGACUAUGAAUACUCUGUCAGUUUCUUAAGAAAUCCUUCAUGAUGGAUCCUUAAAGCAAUAGUCUGCUUCAUGCUAACAGCUCUAAGGAAAUAUAUUGAUGAACCUGAAUAUUUAAAAUAUACUAAACCUCAAGUUCCUGUUUAUGACUUGUUAAAUAUCCAGAUGAAGUGUUAUGAUUUUACAGUCCUGGAACAUUAUGCCAGACAUGUGCAUAGGAUAGCACAGCAUAUGGAUAUUGAUGUUGUUGAUGCAUGGGCAACACCUCAUCAAGCUUGGAAAGUCACAAAUCAUGAACCUGGUACAACAAAAGUGACUGCAGAGUAUACGCUGAACACAUAUGAAAGAAAUAUCCAGAUAGCUGAACUAGCAGCCUACUCGGCUCCUUUAUUUUUUGAAGUUAUACAGUCUUCUUUACCAAUAGGAGUAACAGUGAGUAUUCAUCCACAUGAAGAAAAACAUGAUGAAAUUCGCUAUAUUCCAGAUUUUGAAUUGCUUGCACUUAAAGGUCAAUUAAAAGAGUUGACUGAUCCUGAAGCAAGUACAAAAAUUAAACCUUAACCAUGUAUUUAUGUUUAAUUUUGUAUCUAAGAUUUUACUCAAUAAUAAUGUUAAAUGUAAGUUAUUAAAACAAAUAUCUUUAUCAUUUUAAACUAGUAACAUGUUUCAAUUGUUGAUGUGUAUUCUUAAUAAAUUGACAUAAAUUUC